CUCUCUUGUUGCCGGGUAUCGGCUUCUCGACGGUCACUGUGAAACAGGAAACACAAUCGAGAGUACCGAGAUAUCUCACAUAGGGAAAAAUCAUGCGAUUGCCGACGUUCGCUCUGGUGAUCUCGAUCGGUGCAGCCCUCCCCUUUCCGGGAUUAUUGCGGGUGCCGAAAGUCUAUAAUGCAUUGAUCACUAGCAACCAGAAUCUCUCCCCAUCGAGGGCCUUCCCGGUGAUUCAACCCGUGGUCCACAGAACGGCGGUGGGUUACGUGCCGCCAUUUUAUUACAACGUGCCGCCGUUCGUUAGCGGACAACCGUUGCCCGUUCCGCAAUCGCCGCUUCUACUGCUGCCAGGGGAUAGUAGGAUCGAAACGAUGUCGGCGACGCCGAAGCCCGAAGGUGCCGGGGAAAAGUCCAGCGAAAAUGGAGAAUCGACUCCCGAUUCUGCGGAAAAUCCCGAGAAGAACGCCCAGGCCGAGCAGCUCAGAUUUUACCCGAAUUAUCACUCGCUGCAUUACGACCCUUACUUCAACGUUUACAGGAGCUUUAACGCUUUCGGGGGCUACUACGUGGAUUAUCAGACCCCGAAGUCGGAGGAGCAGUCUCCCGGGAGGAAGGAGUUCCAGGAAGAGAAGCCAUCGGCGGAUGCGGGGGAAAUGACGGCGGAUGAUGAAGAAGACUCUGAGAAAGUUCCAGACGCUCCUCCGCCACCGUUGCCCACGGCUGUGCCAAAGGAAGCUUGAAGAAACUUUCGCGAUGUCGAGGACUGUUAGGACCUCGGUGCACGAAUUCACGGUGGUUAUGGGGAAUUUAGGGUGGCGAGCGAAGGGAAAUACAGAAGGGAAAUCGAGGUCGACCUAUAAGUAGAUUUUUAUGGGUAUUCCGGCGAAACUCGGCCUCGUCCCGUCUUGCCUCUCAUCCUUGCAAGACGGGGAUGCGUCGAGAAGUACGCGCGAUACGGUCGACCCUCUCCAAAGGUA